AUGAAAACAUUUAAGCAGAAGAAUAUCGUAAAUUUGAACAAAAAAUCCUCCGGAUCUUCUACUAAAUCGAGUAGGAAAAAACGUAAAUCGUAUAAAUCAAAUGUCAAAUCAAAUGUUGAUUCAUUUGGUCCGAACUUAAACGGUGAAAGAAAUGAUCAUGAACCUGAUUCUUAUCAACAAAAUGUUAACUCAUUUGACUCGAACUUGGAUGAUAGAAGAAAUACUCAUGAACCUGAUUCUUAUCAACAAAAUCUAUCACAAUAUCAAUUUACUGCUACAUAUAAUAUGCUGAUAUUCGGAAGUAGUUAUUCUUUCGAAUCACCGCAUGCACUUCCCAUGUUACAGGCCGCAUCCAAUGGAUUAAAUGAAACUGAUGUAUUGCAAGAUCAAUUUAUUAAUGGUUUUACCUUUUAG